AUAGAGCUUUUGGGGGCGGGGUGAGUCUCCUUGCCGAGAACAAGUUUAUGAUCCAAUUCCCAGCCUCCGAGGGUUUCCCGGUUCUAAUUUCCCAUAAGCCUCCAUGUCCACACUAACCUCGGUCUCAGGGUCCCUUUCCAGUGUCCAUAAGGUUGUCGGACUCUGCGUGCUGAGUCGGUCGCGUCCGAGGAAGUAAAUCAGCGCCGGGUGACUGGGAGGGCUCAGCGAGCAGUAGCGGAGUCGGAUCUGAACUGGCAGCGAGGGUGCGGGUGACACCCGGGAGUUGCUGGAAGUAAAAAGGCCGGGACAGCUUGUUGUGUCCAGAGCCUCAAGCCUGCGUGCACGCGAGCAGCUGAACUGGAUGGUGUGUGACAGACGGCGUGACAGGGCUGAAAGGUGACUCCGUGAUGACUUUGAAGGUGGCUUACCUACUUCAUUUUGACAGUGAACGUGUGUCAUUGUAUUGAUGAGGGACAGCUACAGAAGGCUCAAGAGCUGUUCUGGCUUUUCUGGAUCCUGUGCUUCACCAAUAGGGGAAUAUGGAUCAUUAAUUAGCUCUCACAAUUCUAAAACCAUGACUGAUGAAUUGGUGACAUUCAGGGAUGUGGCCAUCGAUUUCUCUCAAGAGGAAUGGGAGUGCCUGGACCCGGCUCAGAGGGACUUGUACAUGGAUGUGAUGUUGGAGAACUAUAGUAACUGGGUGUCACUGGAUUUGGACUCAACAUAUGAGACCAAAAAUAUAUUUUCAGAAAAGGACAUUUUUGAAAUAAAAUUUUCCCGCUGGGAUACAAAGGAAGAAAGUAAAACCCUGGGCCUUGAGGCAUCCAUUUUCAGAAAUAAUUGGAAGUGCAAAAACAAAUUUGAAGGACUACAGAAACAUCAAGGGGGAUACUUAAGUCAAAUGAUUAUCAGCUAUGAAAAAAUACUCACAUACAGAAAAAAUAAAUCUCUUAUUCAACAGGAAAGAAUUCAUGAUAGAGAGAAACCGUGUGUUUGUAAGGAAUGUGGAAAGACUUAUAGUCAUGGCUCAAAACUUGUUCAACAUGAGAGAACUCAUAUAACUGAAAAACGCUUUGAAUGUAAAAAAUGCAGGAAAAACUUUUUUAGUGCCUAUCAACUGAGUGUGCAUCAGAGAUUUCAUACUGGUGAGAAACCCUAUGAAUGUAAAGAAUGUGGCAAGACCUUCAGUUGGGGAUCCAGCCUUGUUAAACAUGAGAGAAUCCAUACUGGGGAGAAGCCCUAUGAAUGUAAAGAAUGUGGGAAAGCCUUCAGUCGUGGCUAUCACCUUACUCAACAUCAGAAAAUUCAUAUUGGUGUGAAGUCUUAUGAAUGUAAGGAGUGUGGGAAGGCGUUUUUUUGGGGUUCAAGCCUUGCUAAACAUGAGAUAAUUCAUACAGGUGAGAAACCUUAUAAAUGUAAAGAAUGUGGGAAGGCCUUCAGCCGUGGCUAUCAACUAACUCAGCAUCAGAAAAUCCAUACUGGUAAGAAACCUUAUGAAUGCAAUGUUUGUGGAAAGGCUUUUUGUUGGGGUUAUCAGCUCACUCGACAUCAAAUAUUUCACACUGGUAAGAAACCCUACCAAUGUAAUGAAUGUGGGAAGACCUUUAAUUGUGGAUCAAGUCUUGUUCAACAUGAGAGAAUCCAUACAGGUGAGAAGCCUUAUGAAUGCAAAGAAUGUGGGAAAACCUUCAGUCGUGGUUAUCGUCUUACUCAACAUCAGAAGAUCCAUACUGGUGAGAAACCUUUCAAAUGUAAGGAAUGUGGAAAGGCCUUUAGUUGGGGUUCAAGUCUUGUUAAACACGAGAGAGUCCAUACUGGUGAGAAAUCCUAUGUAUGUAGAGAAUGUGGGAAAGCCUUUGGUAGCAGGUAUCAGCUUACUCAACAUCAGAUAUUUCAUACUGGCAAGAAGCUCUACCACUGUAAGGAAUGUGGGAAGACCUUUAACUGUGGAUCAAGUCUUGUUCAACAUGAGAGAAUUCAUACUGGUGAGAAGCCUUAUCAGUGCAAAGAAUGUGGGAAAGCCUUCAGUCGUGGCUAUCAUCUUACUCAACAUCAGAGGACCCAUACUGGUGAGAAACCUUUCAAAUGUAAGCAAUGUGGAAAGGCCUUUAGCUGGGGUUCAAGUCUUGUUAAACAUGAGAGAGUCCAUACUGGUGAGAAAUCCUAUGAAUGUAAAGAAUGUGGGAAAGCCUUUGGUAGUGGCUAUCAACUUCAGGUUCAUCAGCAAUUUCAUUCCAGUGAGAAACUUUAUCAACAUGAGGAAUUUGGGGAGACCUUUACUCAUAGUGCAAACUUGGAUCAACUUGAGAGAACUCAUGGUAACAACAAACCCUGUAGAUAAAGAUGUGGGGAGGCCUUUAUGUGGACAACUUGCUCAGACAAGAAAAUUGAUCCUGGAGAAACCUUGUAAUUGAAAAGAUAUGAGAGAACUUGUUAAACAUGUUCAAGUCUUGUUAAACACGAGAGAGUCCAUACUGGUGAGAAAUCCUAUGUAUGUAGAGAAUGUGGGAAAGCCUUUGGUAGCGGGUUUCAGCUUACUCAAUAUCAGAUAUUUCAUACUGGACAGCUUAACAUGAGCAGAAAGCUUACUCCAAAGAAACCAUAUGAAAGAAACCAUACGAAUGUAUGCCAGGCAAUGGUGGCACAUGCCUGUAAUCCCAACUACUCAGGAGGCUGAGGCAGGAAGAACUCAAAUUGAAGGCCAGCCUGGGUAAUUUGGUAAGACCCUACCUCAAACUAAAAAAUAAAAAGGACUGGGGUUGUAGCUCAGUGGUAGAGCACCCCUGGGUUCAUUCAAUUGUUUGAAUGAUAUAGCAGGAAAAAAGAAAAAGAAACUCUGUGAAUGUAAGGAAUAUGAAAAAGCUUUUCCUUAUGUGUAUAGACAGUUUACUUGUCAUCAGCAGAUACAUAUUAGUGAGAAAUAUUUUGAAUAUAAGGAAUAUGAAAAGACAUUUAGAUUUUUGUGUGAUCUUAAUGAACAUCAAUUUAUAUUGAUGUGAAACCAUUUCCAUGUAAGACGUGAAGAUCUUUAUUCAUGGCACAAAGUCUAGUCAACAUCAGAGAGUUAAACAAGUUAGAAGCUGGACGAGGUGGUGCAUGCCUGUAAUCCUAGUGGAUUGGGAGGCUGAGGCAGAAGGAACACAAGUUCAAAGCCAGCCUCAGCAAAAGCAAGAUGUUAAGCCACUCAGUGAGACCCUGUCUGUAAAUACUAAAUAUGGCUGGGGAUGUGGCUCAGUGGUCAAAUGCCCCUGAGUUCAAUUUCAGGUACAAAAAAAAAAAAAAAAUGUUAGAAAUACUUUAAAAUGGUAAGGAAUCUGGGAAGGAUCUGAAUUUAAUUCAGUUCUUGCUUUCAGAGAAUUCAUACUGCUAUGAAAUAUACUGUAUGUCUGUAAGAAAUCUGGGAAGGCAUAUAGACAUGGUUAAUAUUAUAGAACACAUCAGAAACUUCAUCCAAAUGAGAAACUCUUUGAAUUAAAACUGUAGGAAGGGUAUCACUUGUUCACUCACCACCUAGUAUUCUACACAUCUGCAAUUUCAAUAAUUACGUUUGACACAAAGUAAAAACUUGAGUGUUAUAAUAGGAUCCAUCCUUCCUGAUCAGUUAGUAGUCUACCCCCACCCACACCAUUCCCAAGGUACAUAUUUGUAUGUUAACCAGAAGAUGUGGAGAUGAUGUCUUAUAGCACUGAAAUGAUGUCUCAAGAAUGCUUACUAAUACUUGACAAAGAAGGGAUAUUCUUUCGCUAAAGAGGCUUAUGAAGUAGCAUCUACAAAAACUCUUUAGGAAAAAUUAAAAGAACCUCAUCAGCUUAAAAAAGAACUGGUGAGUAUUCUGGUAAAGAAAAUUGUUCAAGUUUUUUUUUUUUUUUUUUAGUUUUAGGUGGACACAAUAUCUUUAUUUUAUUUUUAUGUGGUGCUGAGAAUUGAACCCAGUGCCUCACGCAUGCCAGGAGAGCACACUACCACUUGAGCCACAUCCCCAGCCCCUCAAGUUUGUUUAAACUGGUGUAUUCCAAACUUAACCAUGGAAAUACUGAUUCUUAUUAACUACAUCAGGAAAUGCUAUCAUAACCAAAAUAGGCUCUUAAAGUUAGAAAUUUCAGCCACCAAGUCUAGAUGUUAGCUUUGAUGGACUGGCAUCCUCAUGCUUUCAAAAUGGCUGCCUUCUGCUAAUGUUUUCUCUUAUUUGUGAAUAAAAAUGUUUCUUACAGGGGCUGGGGUUGUGGCUCAGCAGUAGAGCAUUGGCUUAGCACGUGUGAGGCCCUGGGUUCGAUCCUCAGCACCACAUAAAAAUAAAUAAAACAAAGGUAUUGUGUCCAAUUACAACUAAAAAAUACUUUAAAAAAAAUGUUUCUUACAUCUAGGUAGGAUUGGCUCCUGAGUUUUAUCAAAAGCCAUUUCAUCUCUUUCUGCACUUGUGUAAUAUUUGUUAAUCUGAUAAGUUAUAAUGACAUUAUUUAACUCUUUCCUCAUUCCUGCAUAUACCCAGACUAGUCAUUGUACAUUAUUCUGAUGCAUUACUUGAUUUCAUUUGCUUGUAUUUUACUUAGGAUUUUGUAUCUCACAGUGAGGUUGCAUUAAUAGUUUUCAUUUUUUGUUGCCUUUUUUUUUUGUUUGAUUUGGAAUUGCAAUUACCUGUUCUUUAAAUUAUAUGAUCAUUGGGUUGUUUUCUUUUGAAAAAGAGAGUCUUAAUCUCUUGUCUAGUUUCAUUUGUUGCCUUUUUUUUUGAGUACCCAACACAAUUCCUUGUCGGAGGCUUCCUAGAGAUGUAGUACCAGCUAAGACCCACAUAAAAGAAGCAUCCUGAUGUGGCCUCUCAUGGAAAAAUCCUUCAUUAUAUGAUCUUGAGAAUACUAGAUUGGGAAGUCAGAGCUCCUUAUGGGUCUGUAUGAUCACCCGUGCAUGUGUUCUUUGGAGCACAUAAAGAAACAUUUCAUAUAUAUAUAUAUAAUUUUAGAUGUUGAGAGACCUUUAUUUUGUUCAUUUAUUUAUAUGUGGUGUUGAGAAUUGAGCCCAGUGCCUUAUGCAUACUACGCAAGUAGGCAAGUGAUCUACCACUGAGCCACAACUCCAACCCAAGGAAACAUUUCUUGCUAUGAAGAUUGGGAGUGGGAUUUCUGGGAUUGGGUUGUGCAUAUCCCUGUGUUGAACUUUAGUAGUUGAGUCCUACCAAAGUUUAAAUCCUUCUAAACAGAUUUCCAAACAAAUGUGCUGACUGACACCUAUGACCAGAACUGUGUGAAUAUUCUUAUUUUGCCACAUCUGGUGAGUACUUGACAUCAUCAAUUUAAAGAAAUUUUUUUUUCUAUAUAGUCUGGUUGGAAUAUAGUGGAAUCUCAUAGUGAUAACUGGUUUAAAUUUGUAUUUUUCUGAUUUUUCAUUGACUGUUCUACUGUUCUUGCAAUCUUUCUCCAUUCUUUGCUCUAGCAUUAUCUAGUAUCAUGUAACAUCUGUAAAAUCUGUAGAACAACACUUAACAUUUAGGUCGUGUGUGUAUGUGUGUGUUUGUGUGUGUGUUUGUGUGUGUGUUUUCAUCUCCUAUUAGUGAAUUGGUUUUGAUUGCUGUGGUGGAAUCAGCCUUAUAUUUCCAUCUCUAUCUCCUAGUAUGAACUACGACGCUAUUUGUUUGAGUUAGUUAGGAUACACUCAAUAGAAAUUAAAAUAUCAGUGACUAGAGCAAUGAGAAAGUACCUUGAAUCAUAUAACAAGUUUUUAGAAGGUCAUUAAGCUCCAGAGAUUUUUUUGGUUUGUAGAAAGUUCAGAGUCAGCCUCAGUAACUUAGUGAGGCCCUAAGCAACUUAGUGAGACCUUGUCUCAAGAAAUUAAAAAUCUGCUCACCUCCACCCUUCAGUCUGGACUCACUGUCUGACCAGCUGAGGCAAACCUGACCUUCACUAACCAGGGCUGUCUUUUGCUCUUAGCUUCGUGGGACCUCUGCUUUCCCAUUUGGUAGGAGAAAGUGAUCAUUUUAAGAAAAAGCCCAGCUCUUGAAGUAAACACCUGAUGUCUAAGUGAUACAACAACCAUGGACUAUAGAUUCUAUCAUCUGCCAGGAAUUGUUUUGAGAACUGAGUAUACAGUAGGAGUAUAUUUUAAUUUGUGGGCCAUAGUGUCUCUGUUACAACUACAUAACUCUGUGGUUACAGCAUGAAAGAAGCCAUAAUAUAUAAAUGAUAGAGAAUGGCUGUGUUUCAGUGAGACUUUAUGGGUAAAGACAUUUGAAUCUUGUAAUUCCCAACUGUCACAAUAUGUCAUUUGUCCUUUGAUGUUUUUCAACCAUUUAGGAGGCAAAACUAUUGUUAUUCUUAGCUCAUUUGUCUGAAGCAUUCAAAAACAGGAAGUGGGCUGAGUUUGGUACCAUGGGUCUUAUAGAAGAAUAACCAGAGUCAAAAUUCUUGCUGUAGUGGAUAUUUUAUUUGACUGACAGAUACGGAAUAGAAUAAUCCAAGUAUAAAUAAAACUAAAAAUCAAACAUUGUGAAAAAUGAUCACAUGAAAAAGGAAAGCCUGUUUUGAGAUGGGUAAUCAUGCUUUAAAUAUGCAAGGGAAAUGAAAAAUUAAGCUGAAAUUUGCAGAAUGAGAAUUAACAUGUAAGGCAAAGACAGCAGAAGAGAAUUCCUGAGAAAAGGCUUAGACUUUGAGAGGUACUGAGAUCUCAGAGGUACUGGAGUAUUUUUUCUGGGUAGGUACCUCAUGUCUCUGUGGAGAAAGUUCUGAUCAUUUUGAAUGAAACCUCUCCUCUAAGUCCACUCAGGCAGUUCCUGUGGGCCACUUAGAGCAGACAGCAUAUACACUGUGGCAUGUGGAGGCCUGUAUGACCGUUUCCUUCUUUUCCUCUUAUAUUGUCUGGGUUCUCCCAAGAAACAGAAAAUAAUGUGAUAUAAUUGGCUCACAUGAUUGUGAAGACUGAGACCUGUCUGAGAUCCUCCUGCCUCAGCCUCUUUCAUCUCUGGGAUUAGAGGCGUGCACCACCACAUCCAUCUUUUUAUAACAUUCCCAUUUAUUAGUCACAAGCUCAGGUAUGUUUCCAUGUUCACCUUCAUAAUUUUUUCUUAAAUUUCCACCUACAUCCUUUGCUCAUUAUUUUUCACAGUUGUGUAUCCAUCUAUACAUUAACAUAUAUUCUCAGAUAAAUUUGUCAGUUAUUUAUGAUUUCUAUUUGGAUGUCAGGUACUCACAUUAAAGAUUAAAAUCAUUUUCAUUUGUUUUUAUACUUUGGUACUGCAUAAUUCCUUCGUUAUUUUUGUUGAGAUAGAACAUGUAACAUAAUAUUUACCAUUCCAACCAUUUUAAGUGUAUAAUUGACACUAAAUAUUCACAUUGUUGUGCAGCCACCAAUACUGUCCAUGCCAGAACUUUCUUAUCAUCCCAAAUUGAAACUAUUAAUAAUCCCCUUUCACCCUCUCCUCCACCUCAAUCUCCUGUUAUUCUUUCUGAGUAAAAAUUUGAUUUUUCUAGGUAGCUCAUAUUAGUGGAGUCAUACAGUAUUUAUCAAUUUGUGUCUGGGUUACUUCACUGAGAAUAGUGUUUUCAUGGUUUAUCUAUGUUAUACCAUAUAUCAAAUUUAUGUUCAUUUUAAAAAGGCCAAAUAACAUUCUGUUGUAUGUACAUACCAUAUUUUGUUUAUCCACUCACUUACUUAUGGGUACUUGGGUUAUUUAAUGCUGCUAUAAACACUGUGUACAAUUAUCUUUAUGAGUCCCUGAUUCCAGUUCUUUUAAAAAAUUAUUUUAUUUAUUUUAUACAGGGGAUUGAACGCAGGAGCGUUUAUAACCAAAAUAAGGCUUUAAACUUAGAAAUUUCAGCCACCAAGUCUAGAUGUUAGCUUUGAUAGAAUGGCAUCCUCAUGCUUUCAAAAUGGUUGCCUUCUGCUAAUGUUUUUUCUUAUUUUUGAAUAAAAAUGUUUCUUACAGGGGCUGGGGUUAUGGCUCAGCAGUAGAGUGUGCUUGCCUAGCACGUGUGAGGCCCUGGGUUUGAUCCUCAGCACCACAUAAAAAUAUCUAAAUAAAACAAAGACACAACAUCUUUAUUUUAUUUAUUUAUUUUUAAUAUUUACUUUUUAGUUGUAGUUGGACACAAUACCUUUAUUCUUAUUUAUUUAUAUGUGGUGCUGAGGAUCAAACCCAGGGCCUCGCACGUGCAAGGCGAGCGCUCUACCUCUGAGCCACAACCCCAGCCCCCCCAACUCUUUUAUUUAUUUAGAGACAGGGUCUCACUAAGUUGCUUAGGAUCUUACUAGAUUACUGAGCUGGCUUUGAACUUGCGAUCCUCACUAGAUUACUGAGGCUGGCUCUGAACUUUUGAUCCUUCUACUUCAGUUUUCCAAGUUGCUGGGAUUACAGGCGUGAGCCACUGCACACAGCCAAUUCCAAUACUUUUUGGUAUGUAUGUAAAAGCAGAAUUGAUGGAUCAUAAGGUAAUUCUAUGUUUACAUUUCUGAGGAACCAAUUAUUGUUUUCUACAGGAACUGCAUCUUUUUAGUUUUGCACCAUCAAUAUAUAACGGUUGCAAUUUUUCCAUAUCAUCUCCAAUAUUUGUUGUAUUCCUUUUCUAUUUUUAAGAAAUAACCAUCCUACUCUAUAGUCCCCCCGCCCCCCCAGUACUGGGGAUUGAAUCCAGGGCCACUCUACCACUAAGUGUCAUCCCCACUCUUUAAAAAAAAAUUUUAUUUUUUGAGAUAGGAUUUCACUAAGUUGCUAAGGUUGGCCUCAAGCCUUCUGGGAUUAUAGGUGUAUGCCAGCACAGAGCCGGCUCACUGUUUUUCAUUUGUAUUUCCUUAAUGAUUGAUUUUGAGCACUUUUUCAGUGUGCUCAUUGGUCACCUGUAUAACUUUGGAGAAAUCCAAUGCUGGAUUUUUAAAAAAAAUAUUUAUUUUUUAGUUGUGUUUGGAUACAGUGCCUUUAUUUUCCUUAUUUAUUUUUAUGUGGUGCUAAGGAUCGAACCCAGGGCCUCGCACAUGCUAGGCAAAUGCUCUACUGCUGAGCCCCAGCCCCAAUUUGCUGGAUUUUUUUGAGAUUUUGUUAUUGUUGUUGAGCUGUAAGAGUUCUUUACAUAUUUUGGAUAUUAACUCUUGUCAGAUAUAAAAAUUUCAAAUAUUGCUCUUAUCAUUUAGUUUGCCUUUUCACUAUGUUUAUCAUUUUUUUAUUAUACAAGUUUUAAGUUUUUUUUUUUUUAGAGAGAGGGGAGAGAGAGAGAGAAUUUUUUUUUAAUAUUUAUUUUUUAGUUAUUGGCGGACAUCUUUGUUUGUAUGUGGUGCUGAGGAUCGAAUCCGGGCCGCACGCAUGCCAGACAAGCACGCUACCGCUUGAGCCACAUCCCCAGUCCCUAUUAUACAAGUUUUAAAUUUUGAUGAAAUAUAUUUUUUCUUUUGUUGACUCUUUUGUGACAUGCCAAGAAAUCAAUGUCAAAUCCAAUGUAAUGAAGCUUUCCAUGUUUCCUUCUAAGAGUUUUACAUUUAGCUCUUUGAUCCAUUUGAAAUUAAAUUUUACACAUUGUGUUUGGUAGGUAAUCCAGUUUCCUCUUUUUGUAAGUGCCAGGUUUGCAGAAAAAAAACUUGUGAAUCCUGUGCCUGGUCUAGGGGAUGGAACAGAGAGCACUUGUCAUGUUAAUCUCCAAGCCCCCCUGCCGCUCCCCCAGUAUAAAGUUCAAAGAAUUUCCAAAAUCCUUGCUCAGAAGAAGAAUUCUUGGGCGUGAGCCACCUGUGAACCCUGCAGUCAAUAAAUCUGCUUCCUGAAAGUACCUCUGGUACCCAGCCUCUUCUGUCCUACUUCAUUACAGGACAUUAUGGAGUUACUGUUAAUUGUUUUAGGUAUCAAUAGUUUAGUGGUCAUACAGCAAAUUAUCUAGAAUCCUAGGACUUGUAUAUAGUUUUUUUGCUUUGUUGUGCUGUGCUGGGCCUCAUAUCCUGGGUCUCACACAUACAGGCAAGCUCUACCACUGAUUACACUCCCAACUCCAUAUGUCAUCUUUUUAGAGGUGAAGUGAUACCCAAAACAUUCACUUAGAAAACAGCAAAACAAUAUGUGUAGUAUAUAGGACAAAGUAUGUAUGUUGUUGUGGUUUACAUAGGGGGUGACCCCCUCCCCAAAGCUCCUGUGUUAAUGUAGAACAGUCAGAGAUAAUUAUGAGAGCUAUAACCUAACCAGUCCAUCCUAGUUUGAAUGGACUAAAUGGGUGGUAACUGUAGGCAGGAGGGAUACAGUUAGAGGAAGUGGGUCAGUGGGGGUGUGCCCUGGAAGGGCUGCCUUCCCUGUGACCUGCUCUCCUCUCUGCUUCCCGGCCAUGAUGAAUGGAGCUGCACUCCUCCACCAUGCCUUCUUCCAUGAUGUUUUUGCUUUACCUGGGCUUACAGCAAUGGUGUUAGCCCACUGCAGACCAAACCUCUGAACCUUGAGUCAGAAUAAACUUUUCUUCUUUAAGUUUUCCUUGUCAGGUAUUUUGGUCACAGCAACAAAAACCUGACUACACAUAUGCCUAUGAAUACAAACAAGAGACAUGCACAUCCAUAUGGAUUCAUGUGUGUAUAUAACACAUGUAAAUACAUAUGAAAGACAUAUCAGGUAUACUGCCACUAGGUGGAGAGUAAACAAGCCUUCAUCACCCACUGAAAAGUUACCUCUUCUAUAAAUAUUUAAGUCUGAAACUUGCAUAAAAUUGGAAAAAACUUUUCCAACUCAAUAUGUGUUUUUUGGUCACCCAACUGUUCAUUUUUUAUUUCUUCAUACUGUAGCAAUAUGGCUUGCAUUUUAUCUGCUACAGAAUUUAUUACAAAAGAAUUUCUUCAAAUCACCCUCUGAUUUUUCACCAGUUAUACUCUCAAGAUUUAAUAAAGACAGGAUAUUUCCUUUGGGCAUUCUUUAAGUGGAUAAAUUCGAAAUAAGAUUUCUUAUAUAACACAUUCUUAAGGAUUUUUUCCAGAAUGAAUGAGGUGAAAUGAUGAUAGAAAGUUUUUUAAAAUAUCAUACUCUGGUAUCUUUCUUACUCAUGAAUUUAUUUUUAAUAAUAUUAAUCAUGGACAUAAAAGAAUAUAUUAAGUAAAUACUAAGGUGCCAGAAAUCCUUCCAAGGAUUUUUAUUUCAUAACUUGUGUUAUCUUUACCAUGAUGAUAUCAUCGGGAGGUGGAACAGUGAUAACAAUAAAGGUUGUGCUACGGCUCAAGGCUUUCCUCUUUUCUCACUUCUGUGAAAACUCUGAUGUUGAGCAAGUAGAUAGCGACGACCAAAGGUCUUCCCACACUCUUUACAAUCAUAAAGGUUCUCACCACUAUGAAUUCUUUUAUGGUUAUGAAGGCUUGAGCCCCUGCUAAAGGUCUUCCCACACUCCUUACAAUCAUAGAAGUUCUUACCACUAUGGAUUCUUUUGUGGUUACGAAGGCUUGAGACCCUCUUAAAGGCCUUCCCACACUCCGUACAAUCAUAGAGGUUCUUUCCACUGUGAAUUCUUUUAUGGUUCCGUAGGCUAGAGCCCCUGCUAAAGGCCUUUCCACAUUCCACACAUUCAUGAGGUUUCUCACCAGUGUGGCUUCUUUGAUGUUCAAUCAGUAGAUAGUUGCGAAUAAAGGCCUUUCCACAUUGUUUACAUUUAUAUGGUUUCUCACCAGAAUGAAUUUUCCUAUGUUGGAUAAGACCCGAACAACGACCAAAGGCCUUCCCACAUUCUGUGCAGAUGUAGGACUUCACACCAUGAUGACUUUUCUGAUGCAGACACAUAUGUCGGUACAACCUAAAGCUCUCUCCACAAUCCUUACAUUCAUAGGGUUUCAAACCAAUAUGAAUUCUCUGAUGUUCAACAAGGUGAGACUGACGUUUAAAAGCCUUUCCACACCGCACACAUUCAUAGGGCUUCACACUAGUAUGAAUCAUCUGAUGUCGGAUCAGUUCUGAAGAAAACCUAAACGCCUUCUCACAUCUAUUACAUUCAUAGGGUUUAGGAUUAGUGUGAAAUUUUCGAUGUUUAAUAAAAUUCCGGAGAAUUACAAAGGCCUUUCCACAUUCCUUACACACAUAGGCACUCGCCCCAGUAUGUUCUCUCAGAUGUUCAGUAAGUUGUGAAGAUUUUCUAAAGCAUUUCCUGCAUUUCUGACAUUUAUAUGAUUUGUUUACAGCAUGAGUUCUCUGGUGGAAAGGAAGGGAUACAAGUUUUCUGAUUAUCAUUUGACAUUCCACUUUAGUUCCCUGCUGUCUCCCAAAUUCAAUUCUCCAUGGUGGCUCAUUACUGAAAAUAAACCCCAUCAGGUUGAAGGUUUUAUUUCUUUUCAA